UGUGAAGAAGUCGGGGCAUUAGAUGCGUUACUGUAGAAAGUGAUUUGAUCCAUCGGUAGAAAUGAAGGUACACUGCUUGGCUCUUCUAGUCCUGUCAUUCUCAACAACCAGCACAGAGGCCUUAUGGAGGGUAAAAUUGAAGAAAAUGCCUUCCAUAAGAGAAACCCUAAAGGAAAUGGGUGCCACACCAGCUCAAGUGUUUUCUGAGAUUAUACCAAAAUAUGACGAACCUUCACCCACAAACGGCACAGCUCCAACACCUCUGAUCAACUACUUAGAUACUCAAUACUUUGGUGAGAUUAGUAUUGGUUCACCAGCUCAGAUGUUCAAUGUUGUGUUUGACACGGGUUCUGCCAACCUCUGGGUUCCUUCUCACAGCUGUUCUCCUUUAUACACAGCCUGCUUCACACACAACAGGUACGAUGCUUCCAGAUCCCUCACGCAUAUUUCCAACGGCACGGGAUUCUCCAUCCAAUACGCUUCUGGAAACGUCAGAGGAUUUCUGAGUGAGGACGUGGUUGUAGUUGGUGGUAUUCCGGUGGUGCAGGUUUUUGCGGAGGCCACAGCCCUUCCUGCGAUCCCGUUCAUCUUUGCCAAGUUUGAUGGAGUGUUAGGGAUGGGAUAUCCAGAUGUAGCCAUCGAUGGAAUUACACCUGUGUUCGAUCGCAUCAUGUCUCAACGAGUCCUGAAACAGAACGUCUUCUCAGUGUACUACAGCAGAGACCCGACACAUGUCCCCGGUGGAGAGCUGGUGCUGGGGGGCACAGACCCAAACUACCACACUGGAGCCUUCCACUAUAUGAAUACCAAAGAGCAAGGCAAGUGGGAGGUUGUCAUGAAGGGAGUGUCUGUGGGUGCCGAUAUGCUGUUCUGCAUGGACGGCUGUACGGCUGUGAUUGACACAGGCUCCUCCUACAUCACAGGUCCUGCUUCCGCCAUUGCCAUUCUGAUGAAAACAAUUGGUGCCGUUGAGCUGGCAGAGGGAGGGUACACUGUCAACUGUAAUCUGGUCAAGUUGUUGCCCACUGUGGCUUUUCAUCUCGGUGGUCAGGAAUAUUCUCUCAUGGAAGAGGACUAUAUUCUCUGGCAGUCAGAGUUCGGGGAGGACAUCUGCACUGUGACGUUCAAAGCGUUGGAUGUGCCGCCCCCUACUGGUCCCAUCUGGAUACUGGGGGCGAACUUCAUAGCUCGAUACUAUACGGAGUUUGAUCGGGGAAAUAAUCGCAUCGGCUUUGCUCGAGCAGUCUGAGAAAUGCAUGGAGAUUCUGCUGUUAUAUUAGUUAUAGCUGACAAGAAGUGCACUUAUACGUUUAGCUUAUAGUUCAAAAGAAUAUACUUUAGUGGGAAUGCUUCUGGACAUUUGCAUGUUAUUUACAAAUAAAGAUCUAGUUUAAAUUGACAUUAAGUACAGUUAGUUAAACUUAAGAGUGUUUUUGACCCAGAUAUGUAGGGUUUGAACACAUUUUUAGUCGCAAUCGUAUAAUUACUUGUGCUUUGUUUGAAAUAUGGUUAAGAUGUUCUUUCAUAAUAAAACUUGUCACGUAUGUCACGUAUUUGUAAUAAAGUUACAAUUUAGUACAUUUA